GCCUGGUGGGGGCUUGGCAGAGCCCUGGUGUACCAGAAGUGCUCGGCUGGGCAUCUGCUACCGUCCGGCCUGUCGGAGACCGGCGCUCCGAAGCGCCUUAUGAAAAACACAGAUUUCCCCAAAAAAUCCCAGCCUCCCCACUCCAUUGGGACUCACUGUCUCCUCGGAGGGUGCACUAAUGUCCGUGUGGAAAGAGUAUCUGACCCCACCAGUUCCGGGCAGCACGACGGUGCUGGUGGAGCUGACCCCCGACAUCCACAUCUGCGGCAUCUGCAAGCAGCAGUUUAACAACCUGGACGCCUUCGUGGCCCACAAGCAGAGCGGCUGCCAGCUGACCGGCGCUUCUGGGACAGCCCCCAGCACGGUCCAGUUUGUAUCAGAGGAGACGGUGCCGGCCACCCAGACGCAGACCACUACCAGAACCAUCACCUCCGAGACCCAGACCAUCACAGUUUCAGCUCCAGAAUUUGUUUUUGAACAUGGGUAUCAAACCUAUCUACCCACGGAAAGCAAUGAAAACCAGACAGCUACUGUCAUUUCUCUCCCUGCCAAGUCCCGAACCAAAAAGCCGGCGACCCCACCAGCUCAGAAAAGGCUUAACUGUUGCUAUCCAGGUUGCCAGUUCAAGACUGCCUAUGGCAUGAAGGACAUGGAGCGUCAUCUGAAAAUCCACACCGGAGACAAACCCCACAAGUGUGAGAUCUGUGGCAAGUGCUUCAGCCGGAAGGAUAAGCUGAAGACUCACAUGCGGUGCCACACCGGCCAAAAGCCCUACAAGUGCAAGACGUGCGACUACGCGGCGGCCGACAGCAGCAGCCUCAACAAGCACCUGCGGAUCCACUCGGACGAGCGGCCCUUCAAGUGCCAGCUCUGCCCCUACGCCAGCCGCAACUCCAGCCAGCUCACGGUGCACCUGCGCUCCCACACCGCUUCUGAGCUAGGUGACAACAUGCCAAAACCAAGCGGCCUCUCCACGGAAGGUGGUGACACCCAGAAGUCCCCUCCCAUCGCUGUUCCCUCUGAGGCAAGGGAACCCUCGGCUACCCUUGGAGAGAGGACGUUCAACUGCUGCUACCCAGGUUGCCAGUUCAAAACUGUUCAUGGCAUGAAAGACUUGGACCGCCACCUUCGAAUCCACACGGGAGACAAACCACACAAGUGUGAGUUCUGCGACAAGUGCUUCAGCCGGAAAGACAACCUGACCAUGCACAUGCGGUGCCACACAAGUGUGAAGCCACACAAGUGUCACCUGUGUGACUAUGCUGCCGUGGACAGCAGCAGCCUCAAGAAGCACCUGCGGAUCCACUCGGACGAGCGGCCCUACAAGUGCCAGCUCUGCCCCUACGCCAGCCGCAACUCCAGCCAGCUCACGGUGCACCUGCGCUCCCACACCGGAGACACGCCCUUCCAGUGCUGGCUCUGUAGCGCCAAGUUCAAAAUCAGCUCGGACUUGAAAAGACACAUGAUCGUGCACUCGGGGGAGAAGCCUUUCAAGUGCGAGUUCUGCGACGUCCGCUGCACCAUGAAAGCGAACCUCAAGUCGCACAUCCGCAUCAAGCACACCUUCAAGUGUCUGCACUGCGCCUUCCAGGGCCGGGACCGGGCCGACCUCCUGGAGCACAGCCGGCUGCACCAGGCCGACCACCCCGAGAAGUGUCCCGAGUGCAGCUACUCCUGCUCCAGCGCGGCCGCCCUGCGCGUGCACAGCCGCGUCCACUGCAAGGACCGCCCCUUCAAGUGCGACUUCUGCAGCUUCGACACGAAGCGGCCCAGCAGCCUGGCCAAGCACAUUGACAGGAUGCACAGGGACGAGGCCAAGACGGAGAACAGGGCCCCGCAGGGCAAGGAGGCGCCCAGAGAGAGUGGCUCCCACCACGUGGCCAAGAUAGUGACCCCGAGGGCCUUCCGCUGCGAGACCUGUGGCGCCUCCUUUGUCAGGGACGACUCUCUGAGAUGCCACCGGAAGCAGCACAGCGACCAGAGUGACAACAAGAACUCGAACUUGGUCACCUUCCCUCCUGAAGGCACUGCCCCGGUGCAGCUCGGCCCCCUGGUCUCUGUGGGGCAGCUCGAGGCGCCAUUGGAGCCCAGCCAUGACCUCUAGUGUGGCCAGAGCAGGCUCUCAAGUGGGGGUCCACAGAGAGGCCAUGGAGGGAGGACUGUGGCCGUCGGGUCUGGCCCAACCUCCGCGGCCCCCAGCAGCGGUGCUCGUUGUGACCGUGGUGUGAGCACAGAGGCCAGAGCGACACUGUGGUGCUGUCUUCCCUGCAAGAAGAACCUGGCCAAGUUGUCUUGCCCAAUCAAAUGCAGGGACCACUGAGCCGCGAUCUGUCCGGGAGGGAGAGCGUCUUCGUGGCGGAGGCCACCUUUAAAAUUGAUCGCCUCUGACGGCGUUGUUUAGUUAGCCAGCACAGACAUCUGGAGCUAACCUGAGGUGGACCAUGGGAAGGGUUAAGAGGAUGGGACCUGUGGAGGGUCUGCAGUGACGGGAAAGUUCUAUUUCUUAACCUGGAUGGUGGUUAUCAGCGACACGUUUGUGUGCUUUCUUUUAUGUUUUAUAAUAAAAGG